CGUACGAGCUAUCCGUGUAAAACAAAAUACACACGAUUUUUCUAGCAUGCGUUGAUACUUCACUACCGGUAUACCCCGAGUUCCUCGUAUCCCGUGGUGUCCACGUGGCCGAGAACCGCGCGGCUAGAAGAUUAAACGAUAGAGAAAGAAGAAGAAAGAAAAAGCAGACCAACAUCUCCGAGGAGGAUAUCCGAGGAGAAAUAAUUUCACACGCGAAAGGAAAAGAAAAUCAUAAGCAACGUGGUCGAUAAGAGCAGAUAGGCGCGUGCCCUCUGGACCGUCGAUGGAUCACGGAGCGAUGGAUAGCGCUUCCGAUCACAGCAGCCGCGCCAGUCCCAUAACCGGCAGUCCAAAGCAUCCACAUAGCCCGUCGGGUCAACAGGGUCAACAGCUUCACGGGUCACAGCAUCAGCCGCCACUUUCGCAUCAACAACCCCAUCCAAGGGAUCAGAUUCGCGAGCAACAAUCACAGCAGCAACAGCAUCGCGGCGUUCCCACGCCGGGAUCGCCGACUCGAGGCUCACCGCCACAAGGACUUCCGUUGAGCCCACCGCCGCUUUCCGCCGGAGGAACACCCGGUGCACCGCCAGGCAUGGUGCCCCGUAUGCCCGGUCUACCGCCACCGGGCCUUGGACUGUUGGGACAGCUAGGCGGCAUGCUCAGUGGUCAUCAUGGCUCGCCGCUUGAGCUGAUGGCCGCCCAUCAUGCGGUACUGCCACCAAGAUCGUACAACAGUCCGCCGCCGAUCAGCACCAGCGAUCCAACCGCGAACGAGUGCAAGCUGGUUGAUUAUCGUGGCCAGAAGGUCGCCGCGUUCAUCAUCGCCGGAGACACGAUGCUCUGUCUGCCUCAGGCUUUCGAGCUAUUCCUCAAGCACCUCGUCGGUGGUCUCCACACCGUUUACACGAAACUCAAGAGGCUCGAUAUAGUGCCGUUGGUGUGCAACGUUGAACAAGUUAGGAUUCUGCGCGGCCUAGGCGCGAUCCAGCCCGGGGUCAAUCGAUGCAAGCUGCUCAGCUGCAAGGACUUCGACAUACUCUACAGAGACUGCACCACGGCCAGCUCCAGGCCAGGAAGACCACCGAAGAGAGCUUCCGUCGGUCUCAGUCUCGCAGCCAGCCAUCUGGCCGCGGCGACCGGUCACCACCCCCAGCACUCGCUCAAGAAGCACAGGAUGGACAACGGGGAUUACUACGAGAACGGGCAUUUGGACGUGCCGAGGAUGGAGAAGUCGCCGCUGCUCGCGAACGGCUACAACCACCCGCCCACGCACCUGAGUCACAUGCAGUUCAUGCAACUAGGUGGACACCCUGGCGCAGGACACACCGCGAUCCUGUCGCCGGCCAGUCUGCCGCAUCACCUGCAGGCGCAGGCUCAGGCGCGCGCCGAGCAGGGCCUCAAAGUGAACCCGAACAUGUCCAACAUGGAGGCACUAGCGAGGUCCGGGACGGUUUGGGAAAACUGCCGAGCCGCUUACGAGGACAUUGUCAAACAUCUCGAAAGGCUCCGCGAGGAGAGAGGAGACGCCGAGAGGGUACUCGCGUUGGACCAAAAACCCAGGGAUCUGAGCUCGCACAAUGGUUCCUCGAACGGCCACAGUCCCGUGCUGAACCUGUCGAAGACGGCGGGGAGCGGAAGCGUGGGCGAGCACUCCGGAAGCGAGGCAGAAGUGUCCCACCGUUCGCAGGACGACGACGAGGAGGACGACAAUCUGUCCGAGGACCUGGACGACGACAACGAGAAGGACGAAGAUCUGUCGGACGUGCCGGAGAACCUGCCGAUGCCCGCACCGGGCUCGGAGAGUCCCCAGGCCCUCAACUACUCGCAGAUCGCGUCCGCGGCGGUGGCCGUUUCACAGGGGGGCCAGGAUCCCUCGGUCUCGAGUACGGAGACCCUGCUCAGGAAUAUCCAGGGCCUGCUGAAGGUCGCGGCCGACAACGCGAGGCAGCAGGAGAGGCAAAUCAACUACGAGAAAGCCGAGCUGAAGAUGGACGUUCUACGGGAGAGAGAGGUGAAAGACAGCCUCGAGCGGCAACUACAAGACGAGCAGAAGAUCAGAGUGAUGUAUCAAAAGCGGUUAAAGAAGGAGCGGAGGGCAAAGAAGCGGCUGCAGGAGCAACUGGACCUGGAGAUCAAGAGGCGCACGCAGCUCGAGGAGGCGCUGAAGGCAACGGGGGCCUCCUCCGAGCAAGUCAGAGCGAUUACCGAAAACGUGAAGGUGGAGGCACGUACGAGUUCAGAGCCACCGGAGGCUAGUCCGGUACACUCGCAGUCGCAGCAGCAACCUUCGCAGCAACAGUCCUCCCAGCAACCCCUUCAGCAACAGCAACAGGCCCAACAGUACAGGGAGGCUCAGGUACCGCGUCCCUCGCAGCAACCCUCCACCCCUGAGAAACCUGCAUGGGGUUACGGGCUGGACCUGAUCGGCAGCCAAGCGUCCGCCUUCUGGCAGAAUUACCAAGAAUCGCUGGUGCAGGAGCUGGAACUGGAGCGAAAAUCGCGGCAACACCAGGCGGCCGAGAGGGACCAGGUGAAGUCUCCUCUUCAAGAAUCCCGAACGGGCUACUACAAGAACUCCGUUCUCUUCACGAGUGCGACCUAGAAGAGGCUGGAAGAGAGCAGACGAGGGGCAGAGCGUCUAUCGGCGAGCAGCCAAAACGAGUAGAGCAAAGCGAUCGAGGGAAGUGCAUGAAAUACCAUGAAAAAAAGUGCCGUAGCCGAGAGACUCUUUAUCAUAUACAUAUAUAUAUAUAAAUAUAGUUUCGUUGUGAAACAGUCAAAUGUACAAGGUGAUACGCUAAAUCGUGAUUGAACGAAAGAACCUGAGAACUGUCUAAGGAAAGUGCAUACAGAACAAGAGGGACAAAUGUAUUUCGAAAUGUUUGCUAGAAUAUUUGGCUCGAUCGAACGAAAACGAAAAAGAAAAAGACAAAAAACAAAAACCCGCGGAAAAAAAAGUGCGCUCGUUUUCUCUAUCAGCUCCUCUUCGAGAAUCGAGGGGGACUGACCUCGUGAAUAAUUGUACGAUUCGACGAGAAAAAAGAAUCGAGUCUCGAUGGAAACACACAUAUCAACGGAGAGCCAGAGAUACCGUAUCGGGUAUAUAGGAUAUUCCUUCGUAAAAGGAAGAGGAACACACUCGAUCGAGUGGGGGAAACGGAAAAAGGAGAGAAAAAGAAACGGUAAGAUGGUCGUUCCGCCAGAAGCGAAACGGUACAUUAUAAAACGCGAAUUGUAUACCACGUCCAUGGAUGUAUCGAUUAUACCCGGGGACCUACAGUCGGGAAAGAAAAAUAAAGAAAAGAAACGCGCGUGACUUUCAUGUUUUCGUAAGAGUUACAUACACGGGCGUACGAAAUGUAGAGGAGAGAGGCGAAGGGGAGGGGGAGUAAUACGAACGAAGGAAGAGAGACACGG